CCCCCACCAGUGUGACGGCGGCACGGCUCAUAUUCAGUAGACUCGGCCAUUUCUCUCGCGAAGCGUAGCAACUCGUUCGGCCGCGACAUUUUUUUUUCCGACAAACCGUGCGGGUAUACCCGGAAACUUUGCAAAAUAACGCGACGCAAAAGGAUGAUACACUCCGGGCGGACCAGGCUCGAGAAAAAAGUAAGUCGCGUGGGCGUAGGAGGAGGGGGCCAGGUCGGGCAAGGGGUACAAGCGGUCGAGGAAUCCGGCGCAAGCGGUCAAUGGUGGAGGCAACAGCAUCCAUCGUAUCAUCAUCAUCACCAUCAUCAUCAUCAUCAUCACCAACAUCAUCACCAUUAUCAUCAUCAGGCCGGUUAUUACACGUCGCAAUCGCAUACUCACAACAAUCCUGUCACUACCAUGAAGCAGUCUUACAUGCAGCUAACAUGGGUGUUUCAUGACGACGAGGCGCAGAUUAAUAAGAAACUGCCAAAAGAAUUGCUGCUUAGAAUCCUCUCGUAUCUCGACGUGGUGUCACUAUGCCGAUGCGCGCAAGUAAGCAAAGCCUGGAACGUGUUGGCGCUAGAUGGAUCCAAUUGGCAGAGAAUCGAUCUGUUCGAUUUCCAACGAGACGUGGAGGGACCAGUUAUAGAAAAUAUCUCGAGACGAUGCGGCGGUUUCCUGAGACAGCUGUCUCUCAGGGGAUGCCAGAGCAUCGGGAACAAUUCCAUGAGAACGUUGGCUCAAUCGUGCCCGAACAUCGAGGAACUGAACCUGAGCCAGUGUAAAAAGAUCUCAGACGCCACCUGCGCUGCACUCAGCAGUCACUGUCCUAAACUCCAACGACUGAACUUGGACUCGUGUCCCGAGAUAACGGACAUUUCCCUGAAGGAUCUCUCGGACGGCUGUCCCCUUCUCACUCACAUCAACCUGUCCUGGUGUGAGUUACUUACCGACAACGGAGUCGAAGCGCUGGCGAGAGGUUGCCGGGAACUACGUAGCUUUCUCUGCAAGGGAUGCCGUCAGUUGACAGACAGGGCUGUCAAAUGUCUAGCACGUCACUGCCCCAAUUUGGAGGCGAUCAAUCUACACGAAUGCAGGAAUAUAACAGACGACGCGGUUCGAGAACUCAGCGAACGAUGUCCACGAUUGCAUUACGUCUGUCUGUCGAAUUGUCCGAAUUUAACGGACGCAUCUCUGGUCACCCUGGCGCAACACUGUCCGCUCCUUAGCGUGCUCGAAUGCGUGGCUUGCACUCAUUUCACCGACGCGGGAUUUCAGGCCCUCGCGAAAAAUUGCAGACUGCUCGAGAAGAUGGACCUGGAAGAGUGCCUUUUAAUAACAGACGCCACCCUUAUUCAUCUAGCCAUGGGAUGUCCAAGGUUGGAGAAACUGAGCCUGUCGCACUGCGAACUGAUCACCGACGAGGGCAUCCGGCAAUUGGCUCUUUCGCCGUGUGCGGCCGAACAUCUGGCGGUGCUGGAAUUGGACAACUGCCCCCUCAUCACAGAUGCCAGUCUCGAUCACCUUCUACAGGCCUGCCACAAUCUCGAGCGCAUCGAGCUUUACGACUGUCAACUGAUCACCAGAGCUGGCAUACGUAGACUCAGAGCUCAUUUGCCUAACAUCAAAGUUCACGCGUAUUUCGCGCCCGUAACACCUCCGCCGAGCGCAGGUGCAUCACGGCAACGAUACUGCCGAUGCUGUGUCAUUCUGUGAUUCCGCAUGCACACGUGACUUUGAUGCAAAUCGUCCGAUGUACCACAAUACCGGUGGACCUUUCAGUGAUCGCUGGUUGCGGCAAUCGUGGGACCUUCUGUUCCGGUGACCAGAAGACCAGACCCUGUGGACUGUGGGUCGGCUGUCGUCGACAACAGUGAGAACGAGCCUCAUCGUGAAUCGCGACUCCUUCGAUAACCAUUCGACUUACAACACGCAACGAGUACAACAACAGUACGUCACACCGUCGUCUACACAUUAACACACAGACACAUAAACAGCCACAGCUGCUACUGCAAUCACUAUUAUCGUGUCGUUGCUACUCAACUACUACUACUACUACUACUACCGCUACUGCUAUACAGUAACCGUUAUCGCCGCUGUUCAACGCUGUUGCGGCAUCGUGAUCAACGUUUCUACCGUAACCACGUUCGUUUUGGUAGCACACGCAUUCGCUAAUGUCGCCAUUGUUUCAUCAUCGUGCGUCGAGAAUUCUACGAAGGAAAGAAAUUCCUGGGUUUCGCCCUCAUUUUCGUUCAUCGUCCGAAACAAAACGACGACGUAUCUUUCGACGCGAUCAUGCUUCGCUCCUACGGGCCAACACGAUCAAAACGUGCCGAUCGCGAGCCCGAAUUUCUCGCGGUUGAAUGUUCCACGUGAAAAAAAAAAGAAAGAAUACACAGAUGAUAAGCAUAUAUACAUAUAUAUAUUAUAUAUACAUAUAUUUUUUUAGUACGAUACAUUCUCUCUUCUGCUAAACAUAAUCGUCGAAGAGAAAAACGCGCGAUCCGUACCGAACGAUGACGGCACACAACAUGCGUCCAAUGGUCACACAUUUGUUCGGAUUUCAAAGAAAACCAAGGGGUAAUACGUACACCGCCCUUAUUCUAUUCUAGACACUCAAUUUCUAUCGAACUUUCGUGUGUGCUGUGUAUAUACGUGUGCGUAUGUCUGUUUCUGUAGCAGUUUCUCAACGAACACUGCCUAUUAUAACGUUAUUGAUAAAACAAAGGAAACGGAAAAUGUCCAAGAAAAAACGAAAAAAAAAAAAGUUAAAAAAAAGAAAAAAAAUUGAAAAACAUAUAUAAACAGGAUAAAGAAACUAGUGAACAGAAUAAGAGAUACCUCGAGACGUUAAAACCGUAGAGACGUACCGUCGUUCGUUUUUUUCUUUUAAACACAAAUUCUACGUGUCUUCGAUUGGAAAUUUCAUUCGAUCGUUUCCUCCCCCGCGUAUCCGCGAGACGAAUUUCGCGUGACAUCGCGACACCUAUGAAUUUCUUUCCAUUCGCGUGAAUCUGUGACGUCGCGGCCAACAACACUUACCCAGAACGGAAGCUAGAACACGAGGAAGAAUCCAGCAGGGUUUUCGUUGAUCGUUGACUUUUCAACGAUCCCGAGAGGGAAAGAGAAAAUGAGAGAGAAAGAGAGACAGGGACACGACAGAGGCUGCGUCUGUCGUGUUUGAAUUUCGCGUUUAAUUGUUGCUAGCGUUUUACGAUGGCACAUUUCAGAUGCAUUUUACGAGGAUCCGCGGACAAUAAUGGCCAUAAGAUUGUCCGCGGUUCGACAAUUUUAUCGAGCCUCAAAAACCGUAUCGUAUUUCUCCUUCACAGUCCCGGACAUCUAUCGAUAUUUAUACAUAUAUUUCUCUUUGUUUUUCCUCCUGUUUCUUUCUAUUUUUCUUUUCCAUUGUUUUUCUUUCCUUUUUAACUCAUCAUGGACUAGGAGAGCACAGACUGACAAAACGAAUCAAAUCGUUGAUACGUUGAAACCGAUUCACUUUGGAGGCCGGCGAUCGGAUUCGCCGGCCUCGAACUUUACUUUUUAAGCCUAGCUUACGGAAUGAUGGCGGUACGAGAACCGGCGAACGUAAUCCAGAAACGCGGAAUCGACGAUCUUCGGAUGCUCGUUUCGCGAUCGGGUAUUCGACACGCUCCGUGAUUAGGUGAUUACUGGCGUCGGGCGUUCGAUACUUUUUCUUGUAAAUUUUCGAGCUGUUCGAUCGUUUCGAACUACGAAUCGCUUCGAUGACUGUCCGAAAUCUUACAUUCUUGAAACUUUUCAAAGAUUUAUGUUAUAACCAACUAGUCCUAAUAAAUGCAAUAAUUUGCUAGCCUUCAGACUCUGUUAUUUCAAUUUUAAUAGAUAUCCAAGUCUUGAAAGCUAAGUACCCGAAAGCUUCGAAAAAUGUCUAAUUUCGAAUGGCAAUCGAAGCAAAUCGAACCGAUUUACUAGCCCAUCGCCAGUGACUAGGUUGUCUCGUCGACAACGCGAAGAAACACAUUUGUACCCUGGCCCUCGAAACGGGUGUUGAUACGAUAUGCACAAACGCAGAAAGGGACAGACGAGCGAACGGUGCUCGGAACAUCAUGGAUACUUGGCCUCGUGAUUAAUUUGAUUGUUCGGAUAAACGUGCGAGAGAAUAAGUUUUUGGAGCGGGAUGACAAAGCGUAUAAUAAUUGUGCGAAGAGUAAGAGGAAACGCGAAGAGCAGAGAAAAGAAUCCUUUGACCGUGAGAAAGUUCUCAUGACGGAACGUUCGGGUUCGUGAUCGACGUUUUUAAAUUUGUUUUUGCUAAAUGGAAUCGUCGCGUCGAUUGUUGUGCACGCACGUAUAUGUUUUCUUGCCGUGGCCAGGAUACUCGACUAGGAAAGAAGGAAGCAUGAAUUUUUCAACGAUAACGAGUAUUUUUAAACGGAUACAAAAACACGAUCCAUCCGAAGGGUGCGAAAUUGAAUUGGCUCGCGCGAAAGCACCCCCGUUUCCCUCCUUCCCGUUGUUUCGACAAUUUCAAGAGCCAGUCAGUGUGAUUGGCAUCGAUGAAUGGUAUCGAUCGUUGAUCCUUGCUGACGCGUAAGAAACGUACACCGCGUUAUAUGUGUAUUGAAUAUAUAGCGUGUAAACGGAAUACCGGAUGAAGCAACUAGAUAUAUGAAUAUAUUAUAUAUAUAUAUAUAUUAAUAUGAAGUAUAUAUUAACAAAAAAGAGAAAAAAAAAUCGUAAAAAAUACUAAAUAUAUAGAUAAGAUAUGUUUUAUACGCUGCAUGUCAUCCUUAGAAGGAUUAACGUGAUCAUCGUAACGUGUCGUUCGAAGUCAAGGUUUUAUCCUUUUCUUUUACUUUUUUUUUUGUUUUUCUUAGCGAUUAAGCGAUGCUCGUUACGUGCACGAUGUGUAAUCGUCAGCGCAAGGGAAUCAGCAGGUGUAAUAGAUCAGAUUUAACUUAGGCAGACGGACAAAAAAAAGAACAAUUUCGCCACUUUAUCCGCACUCGUGUGAUACGGUUACUGACCUCGCCAGGGUCUCGCCGAGGAAUCUGUUUCCGUUCUUUCGUUCGCGUUCUUCCUUGGAAUUUUCGUUGUUUAACUAUUUGCAGCUUCGAGAACGAAGCAAUUCACCAUUUAGAUCGCAAAUGGUUAAUACGCUGAACAGACGAAAGUGAUCGAAUGCACGAUUGUCGGGUUCGUUUAAGUUCGGCUGAAAAUAUAAAGUCAAUCGCAGUGCCUGAAUCGCCGCAAAAAUUGUAAUAUAUACGUAGUCGAAAUUCCACGGGUAAUCGCAGUGUGGCGGAGGAUGUACAAGAUUUAGACGAACCAGAAGAAAAUGAAAGAAAGUAGUAAAACUCUCACACGCCAGCCAUUCAAAGGGUUUUCCAAUGUCUCUGGCCGAAACGUAACUUGUCCUCUCGAACGCCCGAUAAUCGUGCAUCCAUUUUUCAAUUUAGCGAUACUUAUCGAUGGACAUUCAAUAUUUUGAUCACCCCAUCUGGACGUAAGACAUUUAUAACGUUUUAAAAGUUCGUUUCUUCGUGGCAUUCGAACGUCCAUCGCAAUUACUUAAUUCCUCAACAUUGGACACUCGUGAAAAAUCGUCCGUGGCAAAAGCAGAAGGAAAAAAAGGCUAUCCAGAAAAGAUCUGUAGUUUCUUAUUUUUCAUACUCGAUCGUGAAAAUAUUAUUUUAAUAAGACCGUUGAUGAUCGAUCAUCGAGGCUCGUCCCUCGGUCAGGCUUUCCUUCGACGAUCGAUUAUGAACAAACGAGAGGAGUCAGUGAAUCGGCGUGAUCGGUUAGUACAACAAAAUUGUAUGUCGAGUAUCGUAGAAUCGAGCCCCGUUACGUCGACGAAUUUCAAAGACGCGAGAGCCUGUCGGGAAUCCCGUUGAUCGGGCGUAAAGGGAAUCACGACCGAGUUUUCGAAAGCGAUGUGUGUACAAGAGUAAAACACGAAAGCGUCGUCGAUACACUUAAGAACGGCGAAAAAGGAGGUGAAACGUACAAAAGAGAAACGGAGGAGACGAUUGUACGACCGAUUGCAGUGUUGCGUAGUCUAUUGGUAUGAAAAUGCAAUACAUCAUCGCGAAGAGAUCGUGUCGUCGCGACGUUGAAGAGAGUGACGUGAAGAAGAAGAAAAAUUUAGAGAAAGAAGAAAGAGGUGAAACGAAGCUUUGAAACCGAGUGAUCGAACAAGUGUUUGGCUGUGCAGUAGAAUAGGAAAGAGACAGAGAAAGUGAGUUAAAAGAGAGAAAGAAUGAGAGAAAGAGAGGGUGUGAGAGACAAAGAUUCAAGAUGUUAAUCGAAGCCAGCGAAAGUAUAUUUACCAUGUGUCUCCAGUUAUACGUGUAUCGUCCUGUGUAUUCACAAUUUUUAUUCUCGUAUUCGAAAAGUAAACGAAACAAAGAUAAAAUUCAACAAAAUUCAAACAAAUGGUCUACGCGUGUCGGGCUACACGUGCCUCCCGAACAGAUAGGAAAAUAACAGACACAGGUUCGUGUACGAAUACUGUAGCUGAUUAUACAUUAACAUUUUCGCUGCUUCGACAAGCUACAGUCUACCAUGUAUAUAUUUUCAUUAAUGUAUGUAUAAUAAAAAAAAAAAAAAGUAUAUUCGAGACAACGAUCGGCUCUCUGUUUAGUGUGCGUUCUUGUCAUUCUCACGUGGACUAAGUAUAUUACCUCUCGAUCAUUUCGUGUUCCAAAGAAUAUUUUUUGCUUCUGAAUGAAUAUAUUAAUCGUAACCACACGCAUUCCUUCUAGAAAUAAAUUUUAACCAUGAGAAAAUCUCAAUGUAUUGCGCAAAACAAGCACCCUCGUCGCGUUCACCCUCGUGUGGAAGCUGUGCUUUGUGUCAAUAAAUUUUUCAAUCAUUCAACUUUCAA